CCCGCCACAAACACCCAGUGCCGCGCCUCAGCUGCUUGCGUCCGCCGGCUGAUACGACGCCUCUCGGGCCACAAUCCCGACCGCUUGGUCCCUGCCAACUUCCUUUCUUGUAUCGCGAACUGUCAACCUCCGGAUUCAGCUGUGCUGUCCAUUGACUACGUUCUCGACCUCAAUCUUCAUUUUCCGUUCUUCGCAUUUCGCCACUCCGUUCUUUUCGAAACCAUUUAUGCGAACGCUCGCUCUCUUGUCCAUCUUUUGACGCUUCUUUCUCUUUCUUCCAAGCGGCAUAAUAUCUUCGAACGAGCCGCUUCACUCCUAAUAAUCCAAGCUGCUGCUGUAGUCGGCGCAAUCACGCAAUAACGCACGUGUCAAGUACCGGGGGUUCAUGCGCGCGCGAGAUUCGAGCCUCUGAUACAAGGAAAGGGCAAUUUCUGUUCGGAACCAUGCCCUCAGCCGCCGCGCGCCAGAUAUACGAAGACCAGAUACCGACCUUCAUGUCCGUCUAUGAUCUAGAAUCCGAGGCCAUGGCAGACCGGGACACAUUCACCGUGGUUGGGUCCAAGUUCCUCGAGGUGGCACCCAAAUCCUCAUCGCAGCCGCAUCUCCAGGCCUGUCUUGCUCCAGAUCAAAGCCACAAGCAUCGCGACAGCACUUCGACACAGACAUCAGAGUCCGAUGACUCUUCUCCAACCACUACGUUGUCCACCACGGACUCUUCACCCCUCUCAGACCCGUCGCCAUCGUCGUCACCGGAUUCUCCGCUCAACCUGCUGCCGCUGGGUAAUUUUCACUCUGCAAGCUUCAGUGGCCCUUCCAACCCAGUUUCGUUGCUCAGCAUUUCGGAGGCCAGCGCAUUGGAGCGUCCCAUGACGUCUCCAGCUCCGAGGAAGCCGAGGAACAUGAAGGGUCUCUCCAUCCAGCCUCCGACGGCAGCAGCCUCAUCCAAGUCCAUGGUGUCGAAACCUUGCUCGCCUUCCUUCAUCAAGCCCUCCAUUCCCGCCAUGAAGAGGAAGCCCAGUCUUCUCAGCCUCAAGACCAAUGCUUCGGAUUUGAUCAAGCAGACAUCGUUGGAAGUGCCGGCAUCGCCAGGCAUGCCUCCCAUCCUGCAGCGCCGCGCCCUCAAGCACUCGACGUCGUCGCCGUCCUUCCCGUCCUCUACCUCUCUGAAAACAGCCACAUUUGGGCCCGCGGGGGGAAUGACCUUUCCAAAGGUCUUGGAGCGCAAUGAGUCAGGGCUGUCAGAGUUCUUGCGGCCCAUGAAGUCGAGCAUGAACUUGACCUUUGAUGCUGCCAUUACCGAAGAGGACACUCCCAUUAAAACCCAACUCGCAUCUCGAAACGACUUUGACGACCCCUUUCGGGAGCACGAGAAUAAUGAAGACCAGAAAAGUCCAGGAUACCCUGAUGGUCCAAUUGCCAUUUACGGCGACAAUGUCUAUUUGUAUCUGGAACCUACGGCCGAGGAAGCCUCUCGCUUUGAUGUCGUCAUCAACGUUGCCCACGAAGUUCGAAACCCCUUCGAGGCCAAGCGAAUUUCGUCCAAUCUGAGCCCUAUUCCGGAUACGGCUGCGUCAAACUCCAGCUUUGCUACCGCAUGGGAGUUUCAGCCUUCUGACGGCAGCAGCCCGAUGGACACGGAUAUGCUUACACCCACGACGCCAAAGGCCAAUCCUCUCAGAAGGCCAGAGUACAUUCACAUUCCAUGGGAUCACAACACCGAUAUUGCGCCUGAUCUCAUGCGCCUCUGCGAGACCAUUGAGAACCGCACAAAGGAAGGCAAAAAGGUGCUUGUCCACUGCCAACAGGGAGCUAGUCGUUCGGCGAGUCUCAUCAUUGCCUAUGGCCUCUAUCAAAACCCCGACUUCAGUGUCAACGAUGCGUACCACGCAGCACAGGCCAAGAGUCGCUGGAUCAGCCCCAAUAUGAAGCUGAUGUACUCGCUGCAAGAUUUCCAGAAGGAGCUUUCGAAGAAGAAGCGCUCUCCGCCAGGCUCUGGGCCCUAUCGACCUCGCAGUGGAAGGAGUCCGUCCAAGCACCGAUUGACCCUGUCCGCCGACGCAAUUGAGAUGCCUUCCAAGGAGCCGCACACCGCACCCCUCCCAGCCGAAAACGGCAAAGGUAGGCAGGGAAGUGAGAGCACGACUCCUCUGAGUCUCCAUCCUGGCAACCCGAAUGACCUCGAGACCAUCUCCCCGGGCCCUGCUUCGGCGCCUUUGACAUUUUCGUGGAGAGACAGUUUCGAGAAGCCCCAGGCAGAGCGCAUGGAGCCGGAACACAAGAAAGCCAAGCAAAUGGAGCCCAUCAUCAAUGAGCCAGAACCAAGCCCUCGACAGUCAAGAACGGACUUUCAUCCGCCGCCAUCUCCUUCACCUUUCAAACUCCAGGCCCCUCCUUUGCGGCCAAAGCUGAAGCCGACUGCAUCCUAUUCGACUCUGGGUGCUCGGGACUAUUCGUCUUCGUUUCCCAUGCAUAGUUCCAACGACAAGGCUGUUCACUUCUCGGCCAUCUUCCCAGACGAUGCCCUCAUGUCUCCCAGGGACCAAGAAAUGGCCAACAACUCCACGGGAGGCUUCCCGUCGAUUGCUGGGAUGAGGUUUAUCGAGCGACAGGAGCUGCCGCAAAAUCUUUUCUCCCCGCGGCAGACGGCUUUCAGCCGGGAUUCCUUCUUCUCCUUCGGGAGGCCAACUCAAACCGCGGAUCCGCGCAGCCCGCCAGCCAAAGGCGAAGCAUCAAUCAUUCGGUCCAUUGACGACAUCUUAUAACCGGCCUUGACCACGCUCUCAUGACAUCUUCGAACAUAUCUCUCGCACUAU